AUGUCGCUGGGUCUCCCCGUGGCAGCGACCGUGAACUGCGCGGACAACACGGGCGCCAAGAACCUCUACAUCAUCUCCGUCAAGGGCAUCAAGGGUAGGCUCAACCGCCUGCCGUCCGCCUGCGUCGUCAUGGCCACCGUCAAAAAGGGUAAGCCCGACCUCAGGAAGAAGGUCAUGCCCGCCGUCAUCGUCCGCCAGCGCAAGCCGUGGCGCUGCAAGGACGGAGUCUACAUGUACUUCGAAGGUAACUCUCGCCGCUUUUCCUAG